AUGAAGGCCUAUUUAUCAGCCUCGUAUCCUUGUAUGCCCCUCGGGGUUUUCGCAGCGGCCCGUCGGGGGGAGAAGCUCAGGACUGGCCGUUCCAAGGCCUUCUCGACCGUCUCCUCCCCGGCCGUCCCUCCCGCCAACCUCCUCGCAUUUAUUCUGGCCAGAGUGAGGACGAGCAGUGCCCUUUGGAAGGGCGCUUCCGAGUGGGCCGGGGAACGACAUGGAGGGAUUUCUCGGUUGGAGAAACGUCGGAGGCCCAGAUCUAAGCGAGUCGCCGAUGGGAACCGGCCGCUGUCACGCUCUAAAGUCAGCCAAGCCUGUCGCGUAGCAUUGAAUACGUUCGCCGACGCAGUAGGAGCUCGGCCUCCCGUCACACCGAGCCUUUGCAGGGGGCCUCUCUGGCUUUCUUCCAUCGCUCUGGGCUGUCUAGACCGGUCUACACUGGGUAUCCCGUGGUUGUUGGCCUGCUGGCUCGCUUUCUAUAACUACGACGCCAGAGGGACGGAUGAACUUUCUCUGCAGAUCGGCGACACCGUGCACAUCUUGGAGACGUUCGAAGGCUGGUACAGAGGAUACACUUUAAGAAAGAAAUCUAAAAAGGGCAUAUUUCCUGCUUCAUAUAUUCACCUUAAGGAGGCGAUAGUAGAAGGAAAAGGGCAACACGAAACGGUCAUCCCUAGUGAGCUCCCUCUGAUCCAAGAAGUGACUACCACCCUGAGGGAAUGGUCGAUAAUAUGGCAGCAGCUUUAUGUUCUAGAUAACAGGGAAAUGUUCCGGAGUGUCCGGCACAUGAUCUAUGAUCUCAUCGAAUGGCGGUCCCAGAUUCUUUCGGGAACUUUACCUCAGGAUGAACUGAAGGAGCUAAAAAAGAAGGUCACUGCGAAGAUUGAUUAUGGAAACAGAGUUCUCGAUUUGGACCUGGUGGUCCGUGAUGAAGACGGAAACAUCUUAGACCCAGAACAGACGAGCACCAUCAGCCUCUUCCGAGCUCACGAAAUCGCCUCCAAGCAGGUGGAAGAACGAUUGAGAGAAGAGAAGUCUCAAAGGCAGAACAUUGACAUUAACCGGCAGGCCAAGUUUGCUGCUACGCCCUCCUUUGCUUUACUGGUCAAUUUGAAGAACGUCGUUUGCAAGAUCGGAGAAGACGCCGAAGUGCUCAUGUCUCUCUACGACCCCGUGGAAUCCAAGUUCAUCAGUGUAUUGGGGGGCCCCAAAGUCAGCAAACUGAUGGAUGUUUGGAUGCCUCUUUCCCUUUUUAUUGCAGUGAUGGAUGUCACCGAUAUAAUCAAUGGGAAAGUGGACGAUGAAGACAAGCAGCAUUUCAUUCCAUUUCAGCCGCUAGCUUUGGACGACGUCAUUCGACACAAGCAGCUGAACCUAUCAUCCCGUUUUUCACCCAGGGUGGCAGGGGAGAAUGAUUUCCUGCAGACCGUUAUAAACAAAGUGAUCGCCGCGAAAGAAGUUAACCACAAAGGACAAGGUUUAUGGGUAACAUUGAAGCUUCUCCCAGGAGACAUUCGCCAGAUUCGCAAAGAGUUUCCCCACUUAGUGGAUAGAACCACUGCGGUUGCUCGGAAAAUGGGCUUUCCUGAGAUCAUCAUGCCAGGUGACAUCCGGAACGACAUUUAUGUCACGUUUGUGCAGGGAGAUUUUGAUAAAGGCAGCAAGACCACAGCCAAGAACGUGGAGGUCACCGUGUCCGUGUACGACGAGGAUGGGAAGCGCCUGGAGAACGUGAUCUUCCCCGGGGCCGGCGACGAUGCCCUCUCCGAGUACAAGUCUGUCAUUUACUACCAAGUGAAGCAGCCUCGAUGGUUCGAAACGGUCAAGGUGGCGAUUCCCAUCGAGGAUGUCAACCGCAGUCACUUAAGAUUCACGUUCCGUCACCGGUCUUCGCAGGACUCGAAGGACAAGUCUGAGAAGAUAUUUUCUCUGGCCUUUGUGAAGUUGAUGCGCUACGACGGGACGACGCUGAGAGAUGGAGAACACGACCUCAUCGUGUACAAGGCUGAAGCGAAGAAGCUGGAGGACGCCUCGACGUACUUGUGCCUGCCGUCCACCAAGAUCGAGCUGGAGGAGAAAGGCCAUUCGGCCACGGGGAAGAGCAUGCAGAGCCUGGGCAGCUGCACCAUCAGCAAGGACUCCUUCCAGAUCUCCACGCUCGUGUGCUCGACCAAGCUCACCCAGAAUGUGGACCUCCUGGGCCUUCUGAAAUGGCGCUCCAACACCAACUUGUUACAGCAGAAUUUGAGACAGUUGAUGAAAGUGGACGGAGGAGAAGUCGUCAAGUUUCUUCAGGACACCCUGGAUGCCCUUUUUAACAUCAUGAUGGAGAAUUCCGAGUGCGACACCUUCGACACGCUGGUCUUUGACGCCUUGGUGUUCAUCAUCGGCCUCAUCGCAGACAGGAAGUUCCAGCAUUUCAAUCCUGUUCUGGAGACGUACAUCAAGAAGCACUUCAGCGCCACACUGGCCUACACAGAGGCCUCCUCAGGGCCUCCUUCUCACGGCUCCCCCGGGGGCCCCAGUGGGGCCACUCGCCUCUCUCCAUGUAUAAAGGAAUCGUCUUCUAUGGAAGCUUUGAGAUUUGGGGGUCGAUUCCUGAAAGUCACGGCGCCUGCCGCCUUGGGGUGCCGCAGGAUCGCCCACUUUAAGGGGGAGACGCGCACGAAGCAGGGUCCCUCUUUCUCUCGAGGCCCCGUUUGGGAGGAGAAGCCUGGGCCCCACGAAUGGCGACUUCGAAGGGAGAAGCAGAGAAGAUGCCGCAUGCCUCCAACACGAGCCCACAUUCUAACGGGGGUCGCCAAGAUCCUCGUGGAAUUUCUGGCCAGUAGAAAACUUGUAUGUGUAGGCCAGGCCCGGGGCGGCCAAGGGGAGUGCUUGGCCCCAGCCUCGGGCCUCUCCUCAUCCCCGGGGCCUCUCCUCAUCCCCGGGGCCUCUCCUCAUCCCCGGGGCCCCUGGAAGGCCGUGCGAGGAGCGGCAGGCCCCAGGGCUGCCCUCUUGGUCCGAGGCUUGGUCCUAGCUUGUCGGGCUCUGUCCGCUCCGGCACCGCUCCUGAACCGGGGCCAGAGCCCGUGGCACGAGCCUGUGGCGGCCCUCGCAGACCUCGUGGUCAUGGACUCCGUCGCACGCUCGGCCCAUCUUCCUGGUGCCAGGAUGGACACCAGCAGCAACGGCCGCCCUUACACGGCCCUGCGGUGGCUUUAUGAAAACAAGGGCGAAGCUGACUUCAUGGAGUCCUUACUGCAGUUAUUCAAAUCCAUCAACGACAUGAUGGGCAGCGUGUCUGAUCAAACGGUCCGCGUCAAGGGGGCCGCUCUGAAGUACUUGCCCACCAUCGUCAACGACGUGAAGCUGGUGUUUGACCCCAAAGAGCUCAGCAAAAUGUUUACCGACUUCAUCCUGAACGUGCCCACCGGCCUGCUGACCAUCCAGAAGCUCUACUGCCUCAUUGAAAUCGUCCACAGCGACCUCUUCACCCAGCACGACUGCCGGGAGGUCCUGCUGCCCAUGAUGACGGACCAGCUGAAGUAUCACUUGGAGAGGCAGGAGGACCUGGAGGCCUGCUGCCAGCUGCUCAGCAACAUCCUGGAGGUGCUGUACCGGCACGAUGUGGGGCCCACGCAGUGCCACGUCCAGCUCAUCAUGGAGAAGCUGCUCCGGACCGUGAAUCGCACCGUCAUCUCCAUGGGACGGGACUCGGAGCUCAUCGGCAACUUUGUGGCAAGCAUGACGGCCAUUCUAAGACAGAUGGAAGAUUACCACUAUGCUCACUUGAUCAAGACUUUUGGAAAGAUGAGGACUGAUGUGGUGGACUUUCUCAUGGAAACAUUCAUCAUGUUUAAAAAUCUCAUCGGCAAGAACGUCUAUCCUUUUGACUGGAUCAUCAUGAAUAUGAUGCAGAAUAAAGUCUUCCUGCGAGCAAUUAAUCAGUAUGCAGAUAUGCUCAACAAAAAAUUUCUGGAUCAGGCCAACUUCGAGCUACAGCUCUGGAACAACUACUUCCACCUGGCUGUGGCUUUUCUCACUCAGGAGUCUUUACAGCUGGAGAAUUUCUCAAGUGCGAAGAGAGCCAAAAUACUCAACAAGUAUGGCGACAUGAGGAGACAGAUUGGUUUUGAAAUCAGGGACAUGUGGUACAACCUAGGUCAACACAAGAUCAAGUUCAUCCCAGAGAUGGUGGGCCCCAUCUUGGAGAUGACGCUGAUUCCAGAGACAGAGCUCCGUAAGGCGACCAUCCCCAUCUUCUUCGACAUGAUGCAGUGCGAAUUUCAUUCUACCAGAAGCUUCCAAAUGUUCGAGAAUGAGAUCAUCACCAAGCUGGAUCAUGAGGUGGAAGGCGGCCGAGGAGACGAGCAGUACAAAGUGUUGUUUGAUAAAAUCCUCCUGGAACACUGCAGGAAGCACAAAUAUCUCGCCAAAUCGGGAGAAACUUUUGUCAAGCUCGUCGUCCGGCUGAUGGAGAGGCUGUUGGACUACCGAACCAUCAUGCACGACGAGAACAAGGAGAAUCGCAUGAGCUGUACCGUCAACGUGCUGAAUUUCUACAAAGAGAUCGAGAGAGAAGAGAUGUACAUAAGGUACCUGUACAAGCUGUGUGAUCUGCACAAGGAGUGCGACAACUACACAGAGGCGGCCUACACCCUGCUGCUGCAUGCCAAGCUUCUCAAGUGGUCCGAGGAGGCAUGUGCUGCCCACCUUACUCAGCGCGAUGGGUACCAGGCAACUACCCAAGGUCAACUCAAAGACCAGCUGUACCAAGAAAUCAUUCACUACUUCGACAAGGGCAAGAUGUGGGAAGAGGCCAUCGCCUUGGGCAAAGAACUCGCCGAACAGUAUGAAAACGAGAUGUUUGAUUAUGAACAGCUCAGCGAGCUGCUGAAAAAACAGGCCCAGUUUUAUGAAAGCAUCGUCAAAGUGAUCAGGCCCAAACCUGAUUAUUUUGCAGUCGGAUACUACGGACAAGGAUUUCCCACAUUCUUGAGGGGCAAAGUUUUCAUUUACCGGGGAAAGGAAUACGAACGCCGGGAGGACUUCGAGGCGAGGUUGUUGACUCAGUUUCCCAACGCUGAGAAAAUGAAGACGACGUCCCCUCCCGGAGACGACAUUAAAAACUCGCCCUGCCAGUAUAUUCAGUGCUUCACCGUGAAGCCCAAACUCGACUUGCCGCCCAAAUUCCACAGACCUGUUUCUGAGCAGAUCUUGAGCUUCUAUCGGGUCAACGAGGUGCAGAGAUUCGAGUAUUCGAGGCCCGUCCGAAGGGGAGAGAAAAACCCCGAUAACGAGUUUGCGAACAUGUGGAUCGAGAGGACCAUCUACACGACGGCCUACAAGCUCCCGGGCAUCCUGCGCUGGUUCGAGGUCAAGUCCGUCUUCAUGGUGGAGAUCAGCCCUCUGGAGAACGCCAUCGAGACUAUGCACGUGACCAACGACAAGAUCAACAGCCUGGUCCAGCAGCACGCCGACGACCCCAGCCUGCCCAUCAACCCCCUGUCCAUGCUCCUGAACGGCAUCGUGGACCCCGCCGUCAUGGGCGGCUUCACCAACUACGAGAAGGCCUUCUUCACAGAGAGGUACAUGCAGGAGCACCCAGAGGACCACGACAAGAUCGAGAAGCUGAAGGACCUCAUCGCCUGGCAGAUUCCGUUCUUGGCAGAAGGGAUCCGGAUUCACGGAGAAAAAGUCACGGAAGCCUUGAGGCCGUUUCACGAGCGAAUGGAAGCCUGUUUCAAGCAGCUGAAAGAGAAGGUGGAGAAGCAGUACGGCACCAGGACCAUGCCCUCGGGGAUGGACGACAGACGGGGCAGCCGCCCGCGCUCCAUGGUGCGCUCCUUCACCAUGCCCUCGUCCUCCAGGCCCCUGUCGGUGGCUUCCGUCUCCUCCAUGUCCUCGGACAGCACCCCGUCCAGGCCCGGCUCCGACGGGUUUGUGUUGGAGCCCCUCCUGCCAAAGAAGAUGCAUUCGAGGUCCCAGGACAAAUUGGAUAAGGAUGACCUUGAUAAGGAGAAGAAGGACAAGAAGAAGGAAAAGAGGAACAGCAAACACCAAGAGCUGUUUGACAAGGAAUUCAAACCCACCGAUCUUUCUCUGCAGCCGUCCGAGGCAGUGAUCCUCUCCGAGACGAUCAGCCCCCUGCGGCCCCAGAGACCAAAGAGCCAAGUGAUCCUCGUCGGCAAUGACCGGCGCUUCUCGGUGUCCCCGUCGCCUCCGUCCUGUCAGCAGACGCCGCCCCCCAUCACUCCCAGGGCCAAGCUGACCUUCAGCCUGCAGUCGAGUCUGGAGCUGAAUGGGAUGCCAAGCUUGGAAACAGCAGAUGUUCCCCCGCCUUUACCUUUGAAAGGCAGCACGGCAGAUUACGGGAACCUCAUGGAGAACCAAGACCUGAUGAGCCCAACGACCCCUCCGCCCCCACCCCCACAUCAUCGGAACGUGCCUCCCCCGUUGCCCAGUAAGACUCCGCCGCCGCCGCCUCCCAAGACCACCCGCAAGCAGACGUCCGUGGACUCCGGGAUCGUGCAGUGAGAGCGGCGGCGAGCGGCCCUUCCUGCACAGACCGGCUCUCCGGCCUCCUCCCCCAUCAGGUCUGCCGUCUCUGCCGCUUCCCUCUCGGGCCGCGUCCUAACAGAAAAGGCUUCCUGGCGAGCCGUCGAGCUUUUAGGCCAAGAGCCAGAAAGGGUGCCCGCAGAAAGCCGGGGGGCCCAGGCAGGGCCGAGGCCGAGCUCCCCCCGACGCCCCCUUCUUCCGACCAAACGAUCCCCUUAGCGGCAGGCCACGAGGCCCGGCCCGACCCCAGAGCUCCCCAAGGCCCGCAGGGUGGAAGGCCCCACGCGUCCUCCUGGAGGCCGUCCUCUGCAGGCUUCGGGCCCAGCGAGCUCUUCCCCUUUCACGGCAGGCCCCCUCCGGCCUGGGGCCAUUGACAAUAGGAUGUUCUAUCGCAGCUACUGAACAGAUACUAAUUUAUAGCGGGGGCGGCAUUAGAAGCGGCCGGCCAGGGCGUUUGAGGGAGCCGAGGACCGGCUCUAGCGUCCGGGGCGGUUUGGACGAGCGCAGGCCUGUGCACGGCCCGUCCUGUACAGAGAUGUGUAUAGAGCACCGCUCGGAGGACUUUUCGUGUCGUCCCAGGUAGGCACGAACGAUUCCCAACGCGUGUGCUCGUGUUUUAACGGCUAAAAAUGUAUAAAUAACUCUUGUUAGAAUGUGGAAGUUCUGAAAAUAUUGGCCGAUGGCGACGAGAUCUGGAGACUAACGUUUUACUCCCUAAUUUUUUAUUCUGCCAACUCUAUUUUUUUUACUCGCUACAAUCAUUAUGCUCUUGCCGUAGAGGUCGUAAAUGUGUCACUGACUCCCAAGAAUAAAACACUAUUUAAAAAAA